AUGAGUUUUCUGGCUAAACUUAACAGCGGUUUCGAGCAUUUAUGGACUCUCCCACCGCACACUACUAGCAUUAACCUCGAUGGGCGUCGCCUUGAAGUGGUCAAUGGGCGCCGUGAAUUUGAAGCCCUGACUGCGUUCCCUAACCUUACGGUGCUGAGUAUGCGCAACUGCGACCUUUAUAACCUCGGUGCUAUCCCUUUCCUGCCGAAUCUGCAGACGUUGAUUUUGAAUGAUAACAAUCUGUUGAUGCGGGGUUGUGUGGAGCGUUUAGUUAAGCAGUGCCCUAAUCUGAUCAAGCUCUCGUUUGCUGAUAAUUGGUUCGGUGAGAGAAGUGCGUUCCAUCCGCUGAUGGAUUUGACGAAGCUGAAGGAACUGGAUUUGUUUAGGAAUCCGGUGUGGGAGCGGCACGUACCGCAAUUGUUUCUGCUGGACUUUUUCCAUAACAAGCUGGAGUCGUGGACGGUUGAAGAUGAAGUUUUAGAUACGUAUUAG